UAAAUUUUUAAAAAAUUAAUACUUUAUCUUCCACUAGCUUUAAUUUUCAUACACUGAUUCACUGCUCGUCGUCGCUGCCUCGGAUCUUCAAAAAGGAUAUUUAAUCUGAAACUCACUCAUCUCUGGCAUCCUGGAACCAUUCCUCUAGAUCUCUCUGAUUUAUCCAAAUCUGGAACAUGGGCUCGGAACCUGAUCAACUUCACAUCCUUCUCUUCCCUCUAAUGGCACAAGGCCAUAUGCUUCCACUUUUAGACAUAGCCAGGCUCUUUGUAGCAAGAGGGGUUAAAGCAACCAUUAUCACCACCCCAGUAAACGCACCUCGCUUCACAAAAUCGAUACAAACACCCCAAGAUUCAUAUACCCAAAUCAACCUCAAGAUCAUCAAAUUCCCCUGCCAAGAAGCUGGAUUACCAGAUGGUCUCGAAAAUCUUGAUAUGGUCUCUGAUCAACAUAUUCACCGGAAGUUCUUUGAUGCAUUAUCUUUGCUUCAAGAACCUCUGGAGCAAGCCAUAGAAGAGUUGCGUCCACAUGGUCUUGUUUCAGACAUAUUCUUUCCAUGGACUACUGAUGUAGCUUCCAAGUAUGGGAUUCCAAGGCUAAUCUUUCAUGGUACUAGCUUCAUUUCCAUGUGUUGCAAGGCGAAUAUCGAACAACAUCAGCCUCACAAGAAAGUAUCUUCUGACACUGAGCCUUUUAUCUUGCCUGGGUUGCCUGAUCCGCUCAAGUUCACAAAAUUACAACUACCAGAUACCUUUACACAACAGAACCCGACUGUUUUUUCAAGAUUGCUGGGCAGUGCCAAAGAAGUUGAGGAAAGAAGCUAUGGGAUGAUAGUUAACAGUUUUUAUGAACUGGAAUCAAGCUAUGCUGAUUAUUACAGGAAAGUUUUGGGAAGGAAAGCUUGGCAUAUUGGACCAGUUUCACUUUGCAACAGGAACUUUGAAGAAAAGGCUCAAAGAGGAAGGGCAGCAAGCAUAAGCGAACAUGAGUGUGUGAAAUGGCUUGAUGCAAAGAAAUUCAAUUCGGUUAUUUAUGUAUGCUUUGGUACUGUUACAAAGUUUUCCGACUCUCAGCUACAUGAGAUUGCAAUAGGGCUUGAAGCUUCAGGGCAAGAUUUUAUCUGGGUUGUUAGGAAAGACAAGAAUGAAAAAGAAUCUGAGGAGAAAUGGUUGCCUGAUGGAUAUGAGGGAAGAAUCCAAGGGAAGGGACUAAUUAUCAGAGGGUGGGCACCACAAGUUUUGAUUCUUGAUCAUGAAGCUAUUGGUGGGUUUGUGACUCAUUGUGGAUGGAAUUCUACUUUAGAAGGUGUGAGUGCUGGGUUACCAAUGGUAACCUGGCCCAUUUUUGCUGAACAGUUUUUCAAUGAGAAAUUGAUUACUGAUGUUUUGAGGAUCGGAGUUGGGGUUGGUGCUCAAAAAUGGAUGAGAAUGGUGGGAGAUUAUGUGACUAGUGAAAAGAUAGAGAAGGCAGUGAAGGAGAUUAUGAUGGGUGAGAAAGCAGAGGAAAUGAGGAGCAGAGCAAAGAAGAUUGGAGAAAUGGCAAAGGAAGCCACUGAAGAAGGAGGCUCAUCUUACAAUGAUCUGGGUGCUUUGAUUGAAGAAUUGAAGGCUCAUCACGCUUGAAGCCUGCAACAAUUAUUCUCACUAAUGCAUGCCUAGUUUGUGAUGGAAUUAGUAAUUUUGUUGUAAUCCUUUAAUUUUACAUGCAACAUAUAUUGCCGCUUAGAUUUAGCGUAUUGUAAUUAAUGUGCGUUUUCCCUUGGAAAAUUUUUAAUCUCAUUACCCUUAUGAUACUCAAUUAAUUCAUUUUUAAUUA